AUGGUACCUCUGCGAAGCAACCGGGCGGUCACCGCUAACAUCUGUUGGGGCGGUGCACGUGAACCGCUGAACCGCGUAGCAGCUCGAAAGCACGCUUCUCGUAGCUUUCUUUCAUCUCUAGUUUGCUACGCACGGUAUUCCUGGCGAUGGAAGGUGCCCCUAGCAGCUAGGGUGCACUGUUCAGUGCGCCGUGUGGUGUUGCCCCCUGGUGCUGUGUCGGGGGGGACUGUAGGCGGAAUCGUGUUCAGUGAGGGCCGACAGGGCAGCUCCCGCACUGGCUCAAGCCUCUCAGAUCAUUUGCCCCUAGCUGUUGCCCAAAACGCGAUAUCCAGCGAACGAUGCCAGGACGUCUCGAGUCGACAUGGCCAGAGUGCUCAAGGAGAUACCGCAGCAAAGCACGCUCCUGCUAUAUCUUAUAGCCUUCUGGGUUCCAUCGUUUUCACCGCGUUUAAUGGUGUUGAGCGUAGGUCAGCCCACGUCGAUGGCGGCAAACAUUGUGCUGCGGAGGCUACGCAGCACCCCGUGCAAAUCCGAGCAGAAAGUGCAUUACGCUGCAAAUAUUGCCAUGGUCGCCUCAAGCUCGCCUCCGAACAACAUCGUCACUGGUCCGUACCACGACGACAUUGGAGUCGACCAGAAUCGAACCCUCUGUCUACGGCCCGACGCGUCCUGACAGAACGUCUCUCCACGGUUCCAGGUGCGCCAGGUACGUCGAGGCCCAAGAACUACUGGGUAGCGAGGAGAAUGGCGGUUAAAAGUCGACAGCAGGGUCGCGCCUCAUCGAGGGCGUCGAGUCGUGGACCCCCCACACUGUCGCGAGAAGCUCAGAAUCUACAUGAGGUCGACGGAAAGUCAGCGGCUGAAGCGACACGACCAUCAGGCACAGGCUUACCUCCGUCUGGGACACCUCAAGUCAGUUGGUGCUGUCGUUCUGGAUUGCGGGUGCGCACUUGCCUGCUUUGUGGCGAAGUGCCUGAGCUGGUAGGCAAGGCAUUGCUGACAAAAGAGCGAAGCAGUCACUCGACACAUCGCACCGCAUCGCACCUUCCCGGCGCCUACAAGCUGUCCGCCAGCCGUCUCGCAACAACGACGACCCCCAACGACGCGACCCUCGAUCCCACAAGCUACACACGUAUACAAGGCCACAGAACGCCUUGUCGUUCGGCUGAUGAAGCAUUGUCUCCCGAUGGGGACACUCCGAUAUUACCCCUCUCCUCGCCCAGUCUCAAUCCUGGCCGGCACAAGACUUUGCCAGCCAAUAGCGCUGAUCGUCGUACAUACGAGCAGAGCAGACAAUUCUUAAGCACGGAAGCCGAGUUCCGGGCCACAACGGCGGUUGCAAACCUGUGCAGGUCUGGUGGCACGGCGAGCGAAUCAUCUUGGGCGGCCGAGAAGCUUGGAAUGCACGUCGAGGUCACACCCCCGGGGCCGAAUGCCAUCCUUGGCUUGCCUAGCUACCGAGAACGGCCAGCGACAUCGGGUUGA